ACCGUUCUUUUAGGCCUGGAGCUUAUGGCAGCCGAUGUGCGCAUUACACUCCUGAUUUCUUUUAUAGGACACAGUGUUUUUUUAGAGUCGAAGAGUCUUAGUUCUCUAACAGGUUGUUAACAUUGUUGGUACAGCACAACUUUUGGAGAUGGGUGGUGGAAUGCAGUAGGUAAAAUAGGCGCGGCUUUGGCAGUGAUGUUUUUCCUCAGGCACUGGCGAGUGGCCGUGAUCUUACUAUGCACGAACGAGACCAGAAAGAAGGUUGUUUCCGCUUUAGUCCGUCGCAUAAAAAACUUCGAAGUUUUUUUAUUACGUAUACGUUGAAUUCGUAGCGUCACAUCUUUAGCUACUAUUUACUGAAGCAACCGCACAUUGUCGUUCGCUAUUUCAGAGUUGCCACUUACAGAUGGGGAUUUUGUUGUCUUGGCAACUGGUAGUUGCAUCGAUUCUUUUUCUGGCAAGUUUUGCUUCUUCGGAAUUCGAACUACCUGAUCUUCCAACUGAUUCUGCCCUAUACUAUAAAACUCUCGAGGAUAAAAAGCCGACUAAAUUAUCCUCCGUGCUAUACAAAUCCAACUGUGUCAAUAUUUACGAUAGUGAAUCCACUUCAAACAACAAGAAAAUCUAUUUCUACUCCCCGAUCACUCUCCUAAAUCACUUGAACGUCGCUUCUAUUAAUAACCAAACAGUCACUCCUAAGGGAAUUCUCAGUGUCAGUUAUUCAGUUGGAAAUCAAGAAAUCAGAACUAAAGUGGUCGAACACCUCAACCAGCUCCUCAGUCAACAAAUCGAGCCCAGCCACGUGAAAGUCCAUCCUUUCGACAGUGUUAGGCUGACCAGUAAAGUACAAUCUGCUGAUUUCUUAUUGACCAAUGAGUGGAUUCCGUAUAAGCCAUCACUCAGGUUUACCUUGAUCUGUCCGACACGGGAAGAUUGCGAUCGAGUGAAAACUCAAAUGCGAAUUGAUCCCAAACAAUUUGAACAUUUGCGACUUGAAUUUAAUCCUCAAUUUAUUAACGACGAUACUUGUUUCAAUGAUGGAGUUGGAAUAUCCCAAGAAGAUUUGUCGACACAAACCUACAAAGGAAUAUCUCAGGAAGAUUUGUCAAUACAAGUGAAAGAAUUAAAAAAAGAUUUAGAAGAAAGUAAAUUGAAUUUCGCCAAAGAAUUGUCAAAUGUCGCUGGAAAAUUGGACCACAUUUUCCAAGAAACAAAACAAGAAUUAUUGGCAAACAUGGAAACCAAAUUGGCGAAAGAUGUGAACGACAUAAGGGAAGCAUCUCAAGUCACAUCGAACAAUUUGAAAAAAGAACUACAAGAAAAUAAAAAGUAUUUUGCAGCAACUUCACAGAUGUUUGCAGAUAAAAUAAAGGUCACAGAAGAAAAUCUAGCAGUGGCUUUGAAGAGCUUGGAAAUUACGAGAAAUGAGCUAACACAAUCGAAGGGAGUCAUUGAGAAAUUGUCGGCAGAAUUUAACGCAUCUUUAAGUCAUAUGGAAACGACAACAUAUAAUUUGAAAUCAAUAACCACGGAAUUGAGCAGCACGAAUGCUGUCAAUGCGGAUUUGACUACACAACUAAAUGAUUUACAAAAACGGAUCGGAUACGCCGACAUCAAAUUAGCACCCGUCCACUUCUACGUCCAGAGAAAUUCUUCAUUCGACAAAACCAAAACUCCGAUUCCGUUCGAACUUGCUCGGGUGAAUGAGGGAAAUGUCAUGGACUUACCAUCCGGAAUAUUUACGGCCCCACGAAAGGGAACUUAUUUCUUUUCCUUUACGGGAGUUGCAGAGUUCACAGCUUCAGCAUCAACUGUUCAUUUAGGCACAAGACUUUAUUUGAAUGGGGGUAAAAUCGGAAUGGGUUGGGUUGAUGAGGUAAAUCCCGUUUCUCGUCAAUUAAGUUCGUUUACCUUCCAGUCGACGCUGAACUUAAUACUGGCGAUCAAGUCUGGGUUCAGAUUGAUGACCUUUCAUCAGGAGUAAAAUUAUUUGACAAUGUAAACCACAACACUCAUUUCAGUGGGUUCGUGUUGAAGGAGGAUAUUGACGUCGCCUAGCUCCCCUUAAGAUUUUGAGUUUUAAAGAUCAUUAUGUAUGGGAUCUAGAUGGGCAAAUGAAUUUGAUUCUUAUUUAUUAAGAGAUGGUUAUUUCUUUACAAAACUGUUACUAUCAAAAUAAACAUUUUAAAUUCACAA